CUGUGGCGCACGCGCAGAAGUACAAGCUACCGGAAGUGAUGGCACCCCUACUAAAGCCUUGGGGUUAGUACGCGUGCGCAGCAGUCUCUUCUGACAGUCGUGUUGUGCCAAUGGUGGAGAAGAAAACUUCGGUUCGCUCCCAGGACCCCGGGCAGCGGCGAGUGCUGGACCGGGCUGCCCGGCAGCGUCGCAUCAACCGGCAGCUGGAGGCCCUGGAGAAUGACAACUUCCAGGAUGACCCCCACGCGGGACUCCCUCAGCUCGGCAAGAGGCUGCCUCAGUUUGAUGACGAUGCGGACACUGGAAAGAAAAAGAAGAAAACCCGAGGUGAUCAUUUUAAACUUCGCUUCCGAAAAAACUUUCAGGCUCUGUUGGAGGAGCAGAACUUGAGUGUGGCCGAGGGCCCUAACUACCUGACGGCCUGUGCGGGACCCCCAUCGCGGCCCCAGCGCCCCUUCUGUGCUGUCUGUGGCUUCCCAUCCCCCUACACCUGUGUCAGCUGCGGUGCCCGGUACUGCACUGUGCGCUGUCUGGGGACCCACCAGGAGACCAGGUGUCUGAAGUGGACUGUGUGAGCCUGGGCAUUCCCAGAGAGGAAGGGCCGCUGUGCACUGCCCGGCCUUCAGAAAGACAGAGUUUCAUCACCCAAUGCAGGGGGAGCUCUUCCUGGACCAAGGGAGGAGCCGCUCAUUCACCCAACAAAACUGUGUCUUACCUGCCAGGAAAGACCAGCCUCACUCCUGGGAACUGUCUGGCAGGUAGGCUGGGCCCCUCAGUGCUGUUAGAAUAAAAAGCCUCGUGCCGGAA